UUCCAUUUGUGUAUUCUUAAUGGUCCAUGUUGGUUUUUGUAGUAAGUUCUCUAUAUAGCAUCUCUUUUGGGACGAAUAAUUGACAGAUUGGCUCUAAACAGCAGCCCUUACAAUCACGUUCCGUUAAGUUACGUUAUGUUAGGUUUUUUUUUCGUUUUACUUGUGGAAUAAUGCAGAUUGGUGGUGUCCGCGUGUCGCAAUGCGACGGAAUGGAGCUGGGGUGAGGGUGAAACCGUCGCGACCCAACAAUGAAUGAAUGAUCCAUGGGAACCUACCUCCAGCGGACAAAAUAUCCCCCCUCCGAAAUUCAAUUUUCAAAGUGCUAUAUUUGCAACACUGGAGGAGGAGAAUGGGAAUAGAGACCUCGUUAUCUCCGCCCCCGCCCUCAUCUCGCCUCGCCUCGUGUCUUCACCUGUCGCCGCAUUCAUUCCACUUGUAGAGCCACCUUCAAGCCCUCUCCUUCAAACCCCGCCCCACCCUCCCGCUCCACUACGCCUCAUCCUUGCUUAAGCCGCAGACGAUCGUGUUUUUUGUUGUGUUUUUAUUCUCUGGGUCUUCAUUCCCAACCGGAAAUCAUCAACAAUGGCGUCCGCAAUUGCAAGCAAGGUCUCAGCAGUGGGAGCCGUGGCGAGGCGAGAAUUGGCGCCGAGCGUGGCUUCCAAAGCCUCGGUUGCAUCGCUCGUCGCCGCCAGGAAGGCUUGCCUCGGCACCAGCCAGUCUCUGUCGAGCGUCUCAUGGGUCGCGUCCCGCGUAGGGUUGAAGAAGCCCGCCGCUAGAUUUGUGUCCUCGUCGUCGUCGUCGUCGUCCCGAUCAGGGGCGGGGCAAGUGGUGGCCACGAUUUCCGUGGGGGACAAACUCCCCGAGGCGCAGCUCUCGUAUUUCGACAAGGAUGGCAAUGUGCAGUCCGUGAGUGUGUCGGAACUCACAAAAGGUAAGAAAGUGGUGCUCUUUGCUGUUCCUGGUGCCUUCACCCCUACUUGCUCGUCCAAGCAUUUGCCCGGGUUCGUGGCCAAGGCCGACGAGCUCCGGAAGGCGGGCGUGGACACCUUGGCUUGCGUCUCGGUGAACGAUGCCUUCGUGAUGCAGGCGUGGGGGAAGAGCGCCGGCGUUGGCGACAGCGUGUUGAUGCUGUCUGAUGGUUUGGCCAAGUUUACCCAGGCUUUGGGUACAGCUGUUGAUUUGACUGAUAAGGUAGAGGGGUUGGGCAUUCGGUCGCGGAGAUAUUCCAUGCUUGUGGAGGACGGCGUAGUGAAGGUAUUGAACUUGGAGGUGGGUGGCGCCUUCACGAACAGCAGUGCUGAGGAGAUUUUGAGCAGUCUGCAGAAGGCCAAUGCCUAAAAUGCAACUUUCAUGCUUCGGUUUUCUGGGAGCUGCGUGCAUGCUUGGAAUUACACUGUUGAGUCAGUUUGUAGACGUGUCAAACAGUGUUCGAGGGUUCAUGGCGUAGGGUAAGGCAGGUGCCUCCUGAUGUGAGUUAAGCGUGUUCGGUGCGUUGUACAUUCGGGAAAGAAACAGCGAAGCAGGCUCGUGCGGAUUGCUCCAGGCACGUAGGCAUUAAUUACUCGCUGGAUUUUUGUAGUAUCACAAACAGGCACUUGCAGUAGUUCUGUUUAUAUCUGUUUUCCAGAAUGUAUUUCGGAGCUUAAGUCUAUAAUUUGAUGAGUAGGCUCCAUCAUCGCAGGAGUCGUUCUGUGAUUGCGUUGUAUGAGUAAUUGUUUCAUACGAUGUUUUGGUUAAA